GGGAUCUGCUAAGGCUGGGGGCGCCCGAGUCCGAGGGGACCGCCACGACCCCCUUGGGCACCCAUUCCCGGGCAAGCACAGCAUGUCCUCCAUACCUCUCUUCCGCGGCAGUCCUAGGAAUUCCGCUUGCGCAGCGCAGCUUCGGUACCUGACUUGAGAGUGGUUGCGGGAUGGGGUGGGCUGCGCAGUUCCUAGGGCCCUCACGGACCUUUCCUGGCCCUGUCCCCCACUCCAGGACUCGACCCCCUCCCUUCUAGUCAGCCUGCUGAUGAGGUCAUGCCCGAGCCAUCCCGGGGGUGGGGGACUUGGAUCCCUCGGCAAAGGGAGUGUGUGCGAGGCGGGAGAGGGUAGCAAAAGGCAGAGAAAUUCGGCAGCUCCUACCAAAUUGGAGGAUGGGGGACGGAUGCCUUGUUUUGAGAACUUCCAAAGGCAAUCAGGGUAAGGCAAAAACCGAGUUUGUUUACAGACCUGAGUUCCAGGAUGGGGGUUGGGGGGGAGGAGAGACCUGACCCCUGCCCCGCGGCACAUCUGGAGCCACCCUGAACAUCUGGCUGAGUUCGCGCAGGAGCCCACACCUCCCGCCACAACCCCCAUACCCGGCGCUGCGGUGUCUCCUGUUCCCUCAUGGACCUGGGGUACGCAAAGUCGAGCUCCAGAGUAGGAAUCCCAAGCUCCCCACCCUCCUCUUCCACUUCCAAAACACCGAAUCUCCGCGGUGACGCGGCGCAGCGGCCGCAGCUGAGCAGACAUAUCCCGAAAGACUCGGGAUUGGGGUAAAAGCCCGUUGGCGGUUGCUGCCUUGCUACACUUCUCCAGGUAACCUUGAAGCCGUGAUUCACUCGGUCCACUACCCGAGGGCUGCACUACCCGAGGCUAGACCCGCCAGCGCGGACCUUCCGUGCAGCGUGGACACUGCCCCUGGUCGCGGCGCUCGCUCUGGGCCCAGCACCGGCGUGUCGGGGUAAGGGAGGCUAUGCAAAUCCUCGCCUCCUUAAGCUCAGAGCGUAGGCUGCCCUAGAGGCGAGGUUUCCGGAGACCUCCACGGCACGAGACAUGACCACCUGUUGUCGGCACUACGCUCACGGUGUCCAGCGUGUGCACAGCCGUGGCGGUCCCCUUCUCCACCUGCUGCAGGUUGGGUAGCUUGGACCUAUUCUCCAGGAGGAGGGAGGAAAGGACCUCUAUCUCUGCAGACCCCGCACUUUAACGCGAGCGCACCACUACGCGCCUGGCCCCUAACGAGGCUCCGCGCAGGGCCUGAAACAAGUGAUCAGGACUGACCGAGGCACGUAGAUGUCUUAAAGAAAGACCGGAACGGAGAGAGGACUCAUUCCACACAUCAUCCCACCCUCAGACGAGGACACCCGGACCCAGGAAGAGGAGGAGAAUUGCCCAAAGUCUCACCGCUGGGGAGAUCCCACCUUGAACCCCGGCUUAGCGCCCCCUGGCGGGCCGGGGACUCCGAGAGGCGAGUGCGCUCUGACCCGCAGGGCUUAGGUUGAGGGUGACCCAGCGGCCCGUGUGGCUGUCCUGGAGGUUCUUACACGGGACGGGAAUAUCCGUCAGGACCCAGAGGCCCAGGCCAGAAACUUCCUCCACCAGCGACGAGGUGGAGCGCCGGAGGAAAUCUGGAACUGUCGAAGCCACUCGGAAAGAGCAGAGACUUGCUGCAGGCCUAGGUCCCGGUGCACCGUGUGACCUGGGCGGUCUCUCCUCUCCCUAGGAGAGUUGGACUAGACACUGAUCCUCCGCUGCGGCGUGCGCGCAGGACCCGCGGCGGUGGCGGUGCAGGCGGCGGGACUUCGGCGUGGCUUCUGCUGGGUGCGACCCCCGGGCGUGCCCGCGGCGCGACGAUGAGGGCGCGGCCGCAGGUCUGCGAGGCUCUGCUCUUCGCCCUGGCACUCCAGACCGGCGUGUGCUAUGGCAUCAAGUGGCUGGCGCUGUCCAAGACGCCGGCCGCCCUGGCGCUGAACCAGACGCAGCACUGCAAGCAGCUGGAGGGCCUGGUGUCUGCACAGGUCCAGCUGUGCCGCAGCAACCUGGAGCUCAUGCAUACCAUCGUGCGCGCCGCCCGCGAAGUCACCAAGGCCUGCCGCAGGGCCUUCGCCGACAUGCGCUGGAACUGUUCCUCCAUUGAGCUCGCCCCCAACUACCUGCUUGACCUGGAGAGAGGGACCCGGGAGUCGGCCUUCGUGUAUGCGCUGUCGGCGGCCGCCAUCAGCCACGCCAUCGCCCGGGCCUGCACCUCUGGCGACCUGCCCGGCUGCUCCUGCGGCCCCGUCCCAGGUGAGCCACCCGGGCCUGGGAACCGCUGGGGAGGAUGUGCGGACAACCUCAGCUACGGGCUCCUCAUGGGAGCCAAGUUUUCCGAUGCUCCUAUGAAGGUGAAAAAAACAGGAUCCCAAGCCAAUAAACUGAUGCGUCUACACAACAGUGAAGUGGGGAGACAGGCUCUACGUGCCUCUUUGGAAACGAAGUGUAAGUGCCAUGGGGUGUCUGGCUCCUGCUCCAUCCGCACCUGCUGGAAGGGGCUGCAGGAGCUGCGGGACGUGGCCGCUGACCUCAAGACCCGCUACCUGUCGGCCACCAAGGUAGUUCACCGACCCAUGGGCACCCGCAAGCACCUGGUGCCCAAGGACCUGGAUAUCCGGCCUGUGAAGGACUCAGAACUCGUCUAUCUGCAGAGCUCGCCUGACUUCUGCAUGAAGAACGAGAAGGUGGGCUCCCACGGCACACAGGACAGGCAGUGCAACAAGACGUCCAACGGCAGUGACAGCUGCGACCUCAUGUGCUGUGGCCGUGGCUACAACCCCUACACGGACCGCGUGGUAGAGCGGUGCCGCUGCAAGUAUCACUGGUGCUGCUACGUCACCUGCCACAGCUGCGAGCGCACCGUGGAGCGCUACGUCUGCAAGUGAGGCCACGCCCUCGCCCAGCAGGAGCGCCGACUCCUCGGACCCUCAGCCGGGCGGGGCCUGGAGGCGCCCCCUGGACUUUUCCCAUGCCAAUUCCAGCUGCCAGGCGCGGGAGGCGGCUUGGGUUUUGCCUCCACUUGGAAGCCACCAGGAACAGAAGGCCUGGUCACUCUGGAAGGAGGGCCGAGACAUCAAAGGAGCCGACAAGAUUAAAAAUAACCUGGCAGCCCCAGGCCCUGGAGUGUCGCGCUGCCUUCCAGACUGGUCCAAGCAGCCAGGGUAAGAGGCUGGUGAGACUGUGUGGACUUGACCUUUCGGGGCCACGAAGAUGAGCCUUUGGGAAUGUUCUGCGGGGCCCUCGGCCCACCACAUGGAACCACUAGAUUGGGUUGUAAAUGUUUUUCGGGUUUUUUUUUUUUUCCUUCUUCUUCCUCCUUUGGGAUGUGGGAGCUACAGAAAUAUUUAUAAAACAUAGCUUUUUCUUUGGGGUGGCUCACCUCAGUUCCUCUUUAUAUAUUUUAUAUAUAUAAAUAUAUAUAUAUAUAAUGAUUAUAUUUUAAACAAGCUUUUCAAACAGCUGUAUGGAAUAAAUGCUGAGCGAGCCCCAGCCCGCCCCUGCA